AACAAUUGUUUAACAUUUUCAGAAGUGGGAUGGAUUCGCGUAGUAGAAGCAGGUCCCGGAGUCCGGUGCGAUGGGACAACACGCGACUGGAACGCCGAGAUCGGAGCAGCAGUACCCGGAGGCGCAGUCGUGAACGUGCACCGAGGCGCUGGGCUCCCUGGCGGCCGCGAGAAUCUGUGGAUCGCGAGUCGCCUGCUGCGCUGGAUGAACCUGGUAGGAUCAAUCCAAAUUAUUAUGGGGUAAUGGUGAAACCUGACAUCAUCCCGGAGUUUGAUCCUGAAAAGUCGGAGCUGCCAGCGCAACAAUGGCUCAACAAAAUUGAACAACUGGGCGCAAUUCACGGUUGGUCUGAUAGCGUUAAGAGUUAUUAUAUGCAGUCACGCCUGUCGGGUCUAGCUAAACUAUGGCAUAAUGCCUUGCGCAGUUACGAAAUGACGUGGCUUGAGUGGAAGGAACGGAUUCUUGAGGCCUUCCCUCAAAACCUGGAUUAUGCUGAGGCUCUUAAGGAAAUGAUUAAUAGAAAGAAACUAUACAGCGAGACAAUGACCCAUUACUUUUAUUCUAAAUGCAACAUGUUAACUAAAUGUGAGAUCACUGGUGAUAAGGCUGUUUCUUGUUUGAUAGAAGGGUUACCAUUUCACUUAAAAACCUCAGCUAGAGCAGGUAACUACAGAACUCCUGGCGAGUUGUACUCUCAGUUCUUGUGUAUGAAUGACGAGAAAAAGGUACCUCCAAGCAAGCACUUUUCAGCGCGCAGUAGAGACUUUAACUCUUCUGGUACAUCAAAGGAAGUCGCUGCAGGAGACCAGAAGGCUGCAUCAUCAUCAUCAGCAAACAAGACAUCCGUCACCUGUUUCUUAUGCAAGGAAUCAGGUCAUGUCGUGCGGUCCUGUCCGAAGAAUCCCAACGCUGUUAGAUGCGAUGUCUGCGGGAAGACGAACCAUAAAACGGAGCAGUGUUUCCGGAAGACUUCGGUGAACCUUGUUGACUCUCAGAGUCGCAAAGUCGUCAGGAUGGACGAGUGUCAAUAAUGGCCGUAGAAGUCUCUCGAGCUGCCAACAGAUGGCGCGACGUUUGCACAACGGACGAAGCAACGUCACAGCUAUCAACAUGGCGCCUACCUAGUUUCCAUAAUGGCCGCAAGAGGGCGCUCGUGAGUCACAACAAUGGCGUCAGCAUUCCCGCCAAAACGGACCAAUCAGCGGUGUUCGUACCAAUCGCACCAUGAUUCCUGCAGCGUGAUUGGCCGAGGCAACUGUGGUCACAUUAUUGGAGGGAAGUGCCUGUUCCAGCCGUUGCGAAAAUUCAUUCCAACGCGUUCAUUCCGGGCUGAACUUUUGUAGAUUAAAGAAGUGCGAAGUGUUGGUGUAAAAUUAGUGCUAAAAGAUAAGUACUAGAUUUAGUCCUUAUUGUAAUUGCUAUGUCGUUGUUAGAUUUUGCUAUGUGUUGAUUUUGCUUUAGUAUCUAACGGCUUUUAGUUGCUAUCUUUGUCGUACAGUUAAAUAACGGUCGUUUUCAUAUAUGGCAUUAAAUAUAGCGUUUUGUUUUUAACGGUUAAGCUAUUGUGAUAGCAAUUGCGUUUAUAACUUGUGUAGUGAAUUUACGCUGUUUAAUAAAGAUAUUUCGAAGUUACAAGUUACUACUUCAACUCGAUUAAGGUCUUCAUCUAGUUUUGUGGUUUAGAUUGUUUAAAAUCCGGUUCAUUAAUUGUACUACCUUUCUAGCAUCACAAUUAAUACUAGAGUACCUAGGUGUCCUGAUUUUAUGACCUACCUUAUUAUUAUUUAAGAAUGCUAGACUAUAAUUCACGAUAAUGGUUUAUUGUUGCUUCCUUAACUGUGAUUGUUAAAUGAUUUAUUUAAUAAACGUGCAUUUGGUUAUUAAUCGGUGUUAAUAAAAAUUAUACCUGGCCUAAUGGUUUUCCUUAUUUUAAAUCAACAUCAGUAAAAUACCCUAAUUAAAUUCAUUCU